AUGGGAGGCAUCUGGCGAAUCACCAUCGCAAGUGGCACAAUCCACCCGGCUCUAGGUGAUACAUACAACGCACCUUGUUCGGCCAACAUUUUUAUCACGGUCUGUGGUCUACGCUCCUCAUCGAGGCCCAUCUUGCUGCGUCCGCAGCAUGUACGGAGCUACCGAGUCCCAGUACAUCUGCCUUCUCUUUGGCCGUCUCGAGAACUGCAGCUGUCUCCGCUUGCAAAUUUGGCAGGGCUUAACGGAGAAAGUAGAGCCACUGAUGGGGUGGACGCAGAUGGAAUAGGCUCAUCAGGAUCAGGAUCUGGUCAUGGUUUUGAUUCCGGAUCAGGGACUGUACCUGGAACUAGGUCGGAGGCGGGGUCUAAACGCCUUAUGAGGACCGUCGGAGCAGAUCGUCAUGGCAAUGCUGGAGGCGGCGAACCAGGCCAAGGGAGACAGUACGAUGAGGGAGGAAGAAUUGGAGGAAUACUGGGAAGGGUAAAGAUAGGAAACUUGUCUGGGCUAAGUAACCAUCACUUGGAGACGGGCGAUGCAUCCAAUGAGCCAGCCAGUGAAAAUAUACUGAAUAAUCCAAUAUUAUUUUCACCUGGGCAAACAGACGAGUUUGAGGUGAGGGAUAAACAUUCAUGCAGACUUUUACUGUUUUUAUGA